AUGGACGCCCGCCGAGUCAACUCAAGAGCGAUUCACGAUGACGCCGAGCCCCAACCCGAGUUCAACAACUCUGGGUCAUCGGACGACAAAGACUUUGUAGACGUUGGAGAAAAGGGUACCGCCGCAACAGAUGAAAAGCAACAACCACAGCAACAAGUCAACGAUGACCUAGAGCGUCAACAGACGAUGAGAUCGACGGCAUCCUAUCAAGAGACUUAUCCAGAGGGCGGACUCCAGGCAUGGGUUGUCGUGGCCGGCUCUUGGUUCGCCAUGAUUGCCUCCAUGGGUCUGAUGAACAGCAUCGCCGUCUUCCAGGCCUAUACGCUCAGCCACCAGCUCAAGGGCCACAGCGAGGGCACCGUCGGCUGGAUCUUCUCGAUUUACACCUGGCUGGCCUUUUUCGGUGGCGUCUAUAUCGGCCCCGUCUUCGACAAGUACGGGCCAAGGUGGCUGGUCAUCGCCGGAUUAUUGCUCUUCUUGCCUUUGUGCCACACAUCCCGUCUUCUCUCUUGUUCUCCUCGUUCCGUUCCGUCCCGUCCCGUCCUCGUGGCUAACUCGAAACCCCCAGAGCUUUGGCAAUUCAUCCUAUCCUUUGGCAUCCUUGGCGGCAUGGGCACGUCACUCACCUUCACCCCGUGCAUCGCCGCAGUAGGCCAUUGGUUCAAGGCAAGACGAGGUUUCGCCACUGGGCUUGCAUCAACGGCAGGAGGCAUCGGAGGCAUCGUCUUCCCCCUCAUGCUCACUGCCUUGUUUGAGCGCAUCGGCUUUGGUUGGGCCACUCGAGUGCUCGCCUUGAUAUGCCUCGUGUGCGGGCUCAUAGGCAUCUGCCUCGUCCGAUCCCGUCUUCCUCCGGCCAAGAACGCGACAGCUCAUCCCGAUUUCCGCAUCUUCCGACAGAUUCCCUUCCUCCUGACAACUCUGGGUGUCUUCUUGUUGGAGUUCUCCCUCUUUAUCCCCCUGACCUACAUCGCCACCUACGCACAGGACCGGGGCUUUGACGAUGCGUUUGCCUACCAUCUCUUGCCAAUCAUGAAUGCCGGCUCCGUGAUAGGACGAGCGCUGCCGGGAUAUUACGCUGACGUUGUUGGAGCUUUCAACGUGUGCCUCUUUUCCGUGGUGCUCUCUCUGGUCUCUUGUCUCUGUGUGUGGCUGCCCCUGGGUCACACAAAGGCGGGCAUCAUCAUCUUCUCCCUGCUCUUCGGCUUCGGCAGCGGCAAUAGCAUUGCCAUUGCGCCGGUUUGCAUUGGCCGGAUGUGCAAGACGCAGGAGUACGGUCGGUACUAUGCCACGACCUAUACUGUUGUAUCUUUUGCGUGCUUGAUUGGCAUCCCCAUUGCCGGCAGCAUCGUCCAAGCCGAUGGCGGCUCCUACACGGGGCUCAUCAUCUUCACUAGCUGCAUCUACGUGGGCUCAGCAAUCCUCCUCAUGCUCGCCAAGACAUGGCAGCUAGGCUGGAAGAACUGGCUUGCUGCGUAUUGA